UUUGUCCCUCGUGUUUCCGCGGAAUUACGGCGCAACAUUAAUCGGAAUGCACGAUAUUCGUAAGUAUAAACGCUUAAGAUUACGCGGCAUUCGAGAAUAAGCGACCCACGGACACGAUGGCACGAAAUUUCGUCGGAUAAAAAACGGUUCGAAUCGCAAAUUUCGUGGAAAUUUAUGCGCAGCUUCUUCAAAGUUGCGAUCGCGGCGUCACGAUCGAUCAUUUCCACCAAUCAUCGUUGAUAGGGGAAGACAACCGCGCGAAAACGACCGCCAUGAUGAAAAUGGGCUCGCGCGGAAAGUGUUAAUUGUCGUGUUUUAUCCCUCGCGUUUCCGCGGAAUUACGGUGUAACGUUAAUCGGAAUGUACGACAUUCGUAAAUAUAUACGCUUAGAAUUGCGCAGCAUUGGAGAAUGAGUAACCCACGGACGCGAUGGCAUGAAAUUUCGUCGGAUAAAAAAUGGGUUCGCGCGUAGAAUGUCAAUUGUCGUGUUUUGUCUUUCGCGUUUCUACAAAAUUACGGCGCAACGUUAAUCAAGAUGCACGAUAUUCGAAAGUAUACACGCUUAAGAUUACGCGGAAUUCGAGAAUAAACGACCUGUGGACGCGAUGAUACGAAAUUUCGUCGGAUAAAAAACGACCCGUAGCACAAUACCAAGUUUUUCGUCGAAAUUUAUGUAAAGCUUCCUUGACGUUACGUCGCGGCGUCGCGGUCGGUCGUUCCCGUCGGUCGUCGUUUGAUCCCUCAUGAAGUCGACUACUGUGUUAGAGGUUAAAGUUUGCGACGGUGAACGUGCAUUCCGAAAUGUUUGCAUUUUAACGUCGACCAUGAUAAGAGUUUCCGCGAAAAGCCCAUUAUAUGUGUGAAAAAUAGUCGCGAAAUAUCAACGUGCGGAAGUUUGUGUUCGGGAGUGAAAAAGUUGCGAAAACGAUACGCGAGAAAUCUACACCGAAAUCGCGGUUAUGUCUCUCUGUCGCGCGCGCGCGCGCGCGUGGGUGUAUGUGUGUGUAAAAUGUGAAAGAAUUUUGAUAUGAACUCGAAGCAAGAAUCCGUGAAUGGUCCGCUGCGUUCGCCAGUUGAGGUUAGAAUCUCGAUUUUCUCGCUGGAUGUUGCAGUAUACUUUCGCAGCUACGAACACGAAUCACGAAUAUGGCGGAUAUGGAGAUGAACCACGCCGCAAACGAGAAGACAAUAACAAGCCGAAUCACGUCCUAUUGUUCACAAUUAUCAAUCCAGUUUACCCCAUCACUGUGGAAGUGUUGCACACAAUCAGUGCGCCCAGCGGACAGGUGCAGCGUAUCGUGAUCUUCAAAAAGAACGGCGUUCAAGCCAUGGUCGAGUUCGACUCGGUGGAAUCAGCAACCAGAGCAAAAGAGACACUACACGGAGCAGACAUAUAUUCCGGUUGCUGCACACUGAAAAUCGACUUCGCAAAGCCGACAAAGCUCAACGUCUACAAGAACGAUGCCGAGAGCUGGGACUACACAACUCCGGCGUUGGAUCAACUUGUGAACAACUCUGCUGCUGCGCAUCAUGGCUCGAGCACACACAAAAACGACGCGACAGGAAAUGGAAGGCCUGCACCCCUUUUGGCUGAGCCAAGAUACGGCGCCGCGCCCCAGCCGUAUGGAUCCACGCCACAGGUCACCUUCCCGCCGAGCGCCGGCCACGAUCGUUACGAGGAGAAUUUCAACGGACCGGCGACGUACGCCGAGCCGUAUGUCGAGCGUUACGGUAUCAAGAGUGACUUUAGCGGUCGUGAGCCGCUGCAUCCCACGCCACCGCGGCCGGGCUACGUGCCCACCCUGGGACAAACACCGCCCUCGAGCACGCAGGGCUCAGUCAUGAUGGUGUACGGCCUGCAACCGGACAAAGUCAAUACCGACAAGCUCUUCAACCUAUUCUGCUUGUACGGCAACGUGACGAAGGUUAAAUUCUUGAAGACGAAGGAAGGAUGUGCCAUGAUCCAGAUGGGCGACAGCAUAGCCGUGGAACGAUGUUUACAAAACUUAAACAAUGUCACGAUUGGGACGGACGGCAGGUUACAGCUUGGCUUCUCGAAGCAGGCCUUUCUCUCGGAUGUCACUAACCCUUACAUUUUACCCGACAAGACAGCAAGUUUCAAGGACUUUACAGGAAGCAAGAAUAACAGAUUUCUGAACCCCGCAAUGGCUAACAAGAACAGGAUACAGCCACCCUCGAAGAUAGUCCACUUCUUCAACACCCCGCCAGAUUUGACCGAAGACACGGUGAACCGCGUGUUUGUGGAGCGUGGCAUCGAGGCGCCGACGACUGUCAAAUUGUUCCCCCUCAAGUCCGAACGAUCAUCGUCAGGUCUCAUCGAAUUCAGCAGCGUCGGUAUCGCAGUGGCUGCCAUCAUGGAGUGUAAUCACACGGCACUCGAGAACAGCAGCGGAGUAUCUACACCAGGUUUUCUCUCAACAAAAAGCAGGAGAACAAGUCGGGUGACAAUUUUUACUCGGCGAAGGAUGACGAAGGAAGUUUGCCACCCGACCUGCCUUACGGGCUUCACGGCGGCCGUCGCAUUGUCGUCUUACCUGUCUCGCAGGUGGACGGAAACGUGGUGUCGCGGAGCGGCUCUCGGCACCAUUUACGUCGAUCACCCCGAGCGUGUUGCACGCACGAGGGUUGAUGGAGCCCGAGGGAAGCGCGCGCGUGCAGAGAUCGCGUCCUUCCUCUUUCUUUCUCUCUCUCUCUCUCUCUCUUCUCUCUCUCUCACUCUCUCUCUCUCUCUCUCUCUCUCUUGCUCCCGUCCUCGGCCUCCUCCUCGAUCUCGGCACCGCGCGUCCUCGCGCGAACACGAACGCGUCCUCACUGACGCGAGGUCGCCCGACGCGACUUAUAGCGCCUGCCGGCCGCGGGAUACGCGCCGAAGGUGGUCACUCGCGGGAGGCGCGGGCGCGUUGACCAACACGCGUUCUCUCCACCGCAAGCAUGGAAAGUUCACGUCCGCCGACUCAUCUCGGCCGCUCCGCAGGGAGUCCCGGAACGAGCAGAAAUCUUCAUCUACUUUUUAUAUAUAUCGUCAAGACUCUUGCGUGUCAAAGAUUCUGAAACUUUUCAGGGGAAAAGCGCUCUAACGAAAUUUUGAAAAUGGAGUACCAAUCUCAUGAAGAUUCUCCAAAAAAAGAAAGGGAGUCUGCGAGUUUUGCAUGCAACACCUACAUCCAUCCACGUGUUUUCCACCUUUCGGUCUCCGGAGCUGCGCAGACCUUGCCAAGAGCGCGACCAGGUAGCGCCGGAAUACGCAGCGUAGUACGUAAACCGCCGCAUCUAUAAUCGAACCACUCAGGCGAGGCUGUUCAUUCAUUCAUUAAGCGACUGGCUCCGAAUUAUUGGAACAUUAACUUGAUUGAACGAAACUGGGCACGGCCCUUAUAACACACGGAAUCCGCAUCGCCUUGUCUAUGUCAUCAUCAACGCGCGAACAUGGAGCUGCGCCACGUACAAAUGACAGCGAAAUCGAAUAUUUAAGGAUCAAAAAUCUAUUCCAGAAUCAUUUAUCCUAAAUAUUUAUCCUAAUAGAAAACGUUCUGGUCUUCUCAAAAAG